AUGAGCGAGCAGGAGAGGGAGACGGAGGAGGACGAGGGAGGGGGCCCGUCCGACACGGCGCCCUUGCUGCCCCGAAGGCGCCCAGACUGCAGGGCCGGACCCACAGCCCUGCUGCUGGCCGGCCGGCUGCUGACCGGCCUCCUGCUCCACCUGCUGCUGCCCGGGGCCGUGUUCCUGCUGGUGCUGACGCCAGCGGCCGCCGUGAUCUACCUGGGAUUCCUGUGCCACUCAAGGGUGCACCCGGCGCCCAGCCCCGCGUGCCGCGCGCUGCUCACGGACCGCGCCGCGGCGGCGCUCCUGGUGCUGGGCUUCCUGUCGCUGCCGCCGCUGCUGGCGCUCGCCUCGGCCGCCCGCGCCCGCCUGGCCCGGCGCCUCCGCCCGCUGCUGCCGCCCCCCGUGUGGGCCCGGGGACCCGGCCGCCCUCCAGCGUCCGGCGCCGGGGAGCGGGAGGAGCGCCGCCCCGAGGGCGAGGAGCAGCUGUGCGCCUGGGUGUGA